CCCAUUUCAUACAGCGAUCUAGGAUUUUACUGUGAACGUGCACAAUACUGCUCGAUCAUACCUAGGCUGAAAAAUAGACUUUAUCUUCUCUAAUCAAAGCAACGUUAAAGUAAUAUUUAAAACGCUGAGUAAGAAUGGACUCUACUGGGGAAAACGGUGCAGAGGAGAAAAGUAACGUGAGUAUGUCUGCUGCACAAAGGAGAGCUGAAAUUCGCAGACGAAAACUGCUAAAGAAUUCCGAAGACAGGCUAAAUAAGAUUGUGGGAUAUACUAGCAACGAAGGAGAAACCAGUCAAUCACCCAAGCGUGUGGUAGAGCCGCGAUUCCACCUGGACCUGGACGGAAGCCAGUCCGCCUGGACCACCCCUGUUGUCACCACGAAAAGACUCUCUCCGUUUGUGUCGGACCCCAUCGACACCCCGGAGCGAAGAGGCUCUCCCUUUCCCGAUACCAGCGAUGAUCUGAGCAGCGGCGCACUACUGGACGACGACCUGGUGGGAGUCAUCCGACAGCGGCCGCGGGGAGAGCUGGCUGCGGACGACCUUCCCCGCGGAUCACCUCACAAGGGGUUUCAGAAGUAUCUGUCUCGCUUCGACGAUGCCAUGAAACUCAAGGGCCAGCUGGCUGAUGAGAAGGCUGCCCAGGAGAACAGCUCAGACACAGAGGAGUUGGACUCCUUCCGGCUCUUUCGUCUCGUCGGGAGUGUUCUCCUGGCAGUGUUUGUCAGAGUCUUUGCAUGCAAAUACUUGUCCAUAUUUGCACCAUUCCUCACUCUGGAGCUGGCCUACAUGGGGUUGCACAAGUAUUUCCCAAAGGUGGAGAAGAAGGCCAAGACUACCGUGCUGACCGCUGCCCUCCUGCUGUCCGGCAUCCCGGCGGAGGUCAUCAACCGCUCCAUGGACACGUACAGGAGGAUGGGAGACGUGUUCGCCGACCUCUGCGUCUACUUCUUCACCUUCAUCCUCAGCCACGAGCUCCUGCUCCUGUUUGGGUCAGAGCUGCCCGAGGAGUCUUAGGCCUGCGUGUGUGUGUGUCUGUCUGUCUCUCUAUCUGUGUGCGUGUGGCUGUCUAUGUGUGUGUGUGGCUGUGGGUGGUUGGGUGGUCAGUAAUGCCUGAGGGAUCGUGUGUGUAUGUGUGUGUGUGUGUGUGUGUCCAGUGCUAUUGGUUGAGGCUGGCCUUGGGUGUCCCUUAGCCUGCUCUGCCCAUCCCAGCCCUGGCCCGUUUCCAAUGUUACCUGUCUUUUCAGUGGACUGCUGUUACUGGAGAUGGGACCACGACCACAAAAUAUCACUGUCCUGACUGAUGCUAAACUCUUUGAUUAUUCUGUUGAGGAGAAUUCGACAAAAAAAACACAUAGCUCAAAGUCAUGCACUACACCUCAACCAUAUUAUGUUCAGGUUGUUUGAUGUGUUUGAAUGUGAACAAUGCUUUGUUCCCCCACCCCCUCCUUGUGUACCCAUAUAUCAAGCUCCUGUUGGAUGUGGCUUAAGAUAUAUUUUUUCGAUGACAUUGUCUGGUACUUGAGUGCUUUCUAAAUGUGCAACGACCAUCUCAAGUAUUCAGUCGAAUACAUUGGAUCCUUUCACUUCAGGGCGGCGUGACCUCUCUCUGACAGAACUUCCGUGUCGAUAGAUGGCUAAUGUAUUUGUGCUGAGCAGGCCGUGGGGAUUUGGACUGUCCCUGAUUGUACUGUAUGACUGUCUAUCUAAUCCCUCCUCAGGCAUACUCAACCAAUCGCAUGCUCUGUCUGUGUCUAAUUCAGUCAUGACCUAAAUUAAAUUAUUUAAUUUCGCGUCUGCAAGUAUAGCAUACUUGUUUUUUUCUUAAUUGUUUUGAUAAGGUGUAUGUAUGACAUAACUUAUGUAUUGUAAAGUGAUAACUGAUCUCUGUUUAUGGUUCAUAUUUAACAUCAAUAUGAAUUUAGUGCAAAAUUAAUAAUAUUGCUGCUUUUGAUGGAGGUAUGUUCUGCUAAUAAAUCCCAAAAUUCCCAAAUU